CCCGGAGCCAGAAUCCACCGCUGCCGACAUCACGGGCCGAGUCAUCGCCUAUGAUCGCCAACAUCGUGAAUCGUUAGCCUCGUUGAAGCCAUAGGUACCACCCGUCCAGUCAGGUGCAUAGGUGAUAGCUCCAUCAACGUCAUCACCUCCCCUUACCAUCUCCACCCUCAAUUGCCUCGUCGACCACCAACACAACCACGAUGCCAUCAGCAAUCACGCCCUCCGCCUUCUCCGCACCCGGCAAGGUUCUUCUCGUCGGUGGCUACCUCGUUCUCGACAAAGAGUACAGCGGGCUAGUAUUUGCGCUCAGCGCACGGAUCCACGCCGUCUCCUCGCCCGCAGAGGGGGAGAACACGAUUACCGUGCGGUCACCGCAGUUCUCGGGCGCCGAGUGGGGGUACAAUGUCGAGUUUCCCGCCGGCACGAAUGGUGGUGGGGCAGUUGUUACCGCCGUGGCGGGGGCAUCCAAGAACCCAUUCGUUGAAACCGCCGUCCGCUACGUCCUCAGCUACCUCAGCGCCUCAGCCGACUUCGCCGCGCCGCUGCCGAGCGCGGUAAUCACCAUCUACGCCGACAACGACUACUACUCCCAGCCCGCCUCUGCAACCCCACCCCCACGCUUCAACGUGCUCAAUGUCCCCAUCACCGCCGCGCACAAAACGGGCCUCGGCUCUUCCGCCGCCCUGACCACCUCGCUGACCGCCUGCCUCCUUCACACGUACUCCAUCGUUGCCCCAUCAGAAACACAGCUGCACAACCUCUCGCAAGCGGCGCACUGCGCCGCACAAGGGAAGGUCGGCAGCGGCUUCGACGUCGCGGCAGCGGUCUUCGGCAGCUGCGUGUACCACCGCUUCUCUCCCUCCAUCCUGGAAGCGGUGGGAGACGCGGGCAGCGGCGGCUUCGCGGGGCGACUGAAGGCCGUCGUCGAGAAGCCGUGGGACCUGCGGGUGCGGAAGACGCAGGUUCCGCCGGGGCUGCGACUGCUGAUGGGUGAUGUUGACUGCGGCUCGUCAACGCCGGGGAUGGUGCGCAGCGUGCUCGCCUGGCGGAAGGAGAAUCCAGCGGCGGCGAGGGCGGAGUGGGACGCGAUCCAGGACCUGAAUAGGGGGCUCAUUGAUCUGCUGGCGGACGCGGAGAGGCGCGCCGACGUCGCGCCCGACGAGUACCUCCAGGCGCUCAAUGAGCUGGGCGAUGGGCGCGGUGUCGUCUCGGAGAGCUCGACGCUGCUGCAGAAUAUUGCGGAGCAGAUUGCGGCGAUUAGGGAGCGGAUCAGGGAUAUGGGUGUGGCCGCGGGCGUGCCCAUUGAACCUGAGGAACAGACGAAAUUGUUGGAUUCCGCGGUGGAGGCGACGAAGGGCGUGCUUGGGGGUGCGGUGCCAGGUGCCGGCGGGUACGAUGCCGUGGUGUUCCUUAUGGCGGAUAGGGAGGAUACGGUGGAGAGCUUGAAGAAAUACUUGAAGGGGUAUGAAUUCAAGCGUGAGGACGGUGGGAAGGGAACUGUGGUGGCUUUGGAAACUAGGGAGGAACACGAAGGCAUCAAGAAGGAAGAUGCCUCUGCUUAUUGACCGUAAAUAAGGGGAUCCUAUCACCGCACUCUGUUCGAUUUCAUAUACCAUACCUAGUCUAAUCUUGCUUUACGCGAAUCAAAAGCUGAAUGAAGGGAAGAAGCAAUUA